AUGGGGACGACCUACAGUAACCCGCUCGUGGAUUCCACCCUGGUAUUCCCGGCGCCGCCGUCGUCGUACGACAUGGACACGCCCGGGCUCCUGCUGCUGCGAUCCAAAUACAUUCCUUCGCGGGAGGUUCCAGCCUUUCUGAUUCGGCCGCGCCUCACUCCGGCGCGCCGGGGCGCAGGGGCGCCCUUCACCGGGUCGCUCCUGUCGCGGGGUCUGCCCUCGCGUUUCCCGCUACCGCGUGCCGUCUUCGCGUCGUCUGCCUCGGGAUCCGCGGAGUUUCCAGACCAUCGCCCCAGCUCCUCUCCUUGUCUCGCUUCCGGCAAACAGGAAGGCCUCAACUCGCUGGCUUCCGACAGAAUCCGCCACGCUCUCCUUGCGCAGGCGGGUCAAGGAGGCGCGAGGCAGCCAGGCCUGCUGAGCCGGAGGCGCUCGGGCGGUUCCGUCGAGUCGAAUGUUGGCGGGUCCGGACUCGCCGAGAGGGCGUCGCUGCCGCCGCCCCUCAGCGAGCAAGGCGACGACAGCGGUUGCCCAUGCGCGCUUGCGCACAGCGGCUCCGGCGCCCUCGAUGAAGCGUGUGCGGCGGAGCCGCUUGACGCUUCUUCCAGCGCCUGUUCACUAACCGGCGACGACCCGACGCACGGCUCCGCCGCAGGGCGCAAGGAGGCCGCGCUGCAUGGACCCGGGAAAACCUUCUUCGAAGAGACAGAGGGUACAGAAGGCGACCUGAGCGGCCUUGGGACGAGCUGCGACGGAAGCGGCGGCCGCCGGAAGGAUGGGAAAGGCUUCUGCAUCCUCUACUUCCACGGCAACGCCUGCGACGCAAACAUGAUGCGCGGAUGGUUGCAGAUCCUCGCCGACGAGCUCGGAGCGACGAUCCUGAUUUUUGAAUAUCCGGGUUACGGGCUGCUGGAGGACUACGACAAAAGCAGCCGGGGAAUCGAUUUGUGCGCCCGGAUCGCCUUUGAAUUUCUCGUCGACAAGCUGCUUUUCCCUAUCGACAGAAUUAUUCUCUGCGGCAGGUCCAUAGGGACGGGCGCAGCUGCGUGGCUGGCGUCUCACCUCGCGCAGUGCAACGUGCAAGUUGGCGGUCUCGUCCUUCUUUCGCCGUAUGUCUCCCUUUCGGCCGUUGCAGCAGAUUGGGCGGAUGCACCUCUCGCGCUGACUAACGUCUUGGUUCACCAUCACUGGAACAACGAAGCGGCGAUUGAGAGUAUCCCCACAGUGCCGCUGUGCAUUAUCCACGGCAAAGAGGACGACGUUAUCCCAAUGGCGCACACGAAGCGUCUGUGGGAAGCGGCGCGUCAGCCGCCGUCGCUUCGCGUUGCACGGUUUGCGGAGACCGACCACAACGUGGGCAUGUCGUUUGAGUCGUUUUACGGGGACAUUCUCGUCCCCCUGCAAGUUUUCUUCCGGAAAGUGUCUUCGAAUCUGCGCACCAAAAAGGCAGCAGGCGUGACAGGGCGCCGAGCCGUUGAGACCGCCUCGGCGGCGCGCGUGGCGUCGCGGACGUGCUCAGUCCCAGCUCUCUCCGUAGACGCCUCGUCCCCAGCGGGCGUCUCUGCGGGCUCGAAGACGGGCUCCUCUCGCACUCGCGGCGGCGCCGAGGGAAGCCUUUCUGCGAGUCGGAAGGCCGGCGCGGGGCGGGGAGGGGCUGCACUGGGUCACAAGCGCGAGUGGGGGCGACGCCUUGCCUCUCACCGUCUUGUCGCGGGGCGGCCUCAGGGCGGCCGCGAAGGGGAAGGCGCCGAAGGAGGGGACGUGGACGAAGCGCGCUGGUUGUCUUCGGCGACCUCCUCGCCUCCGACAUUGACCGUGCGAAUCCGAGGAAAGGCGGCGGAGGAUGCGACGCCGAGCGGCGAGAGUGUCUCCGGGUCCUAUGGAGCGGGCGGCAUCUCGUCGCAGGAUACGCGGCGGCCUUCGUCCCUCUCGCUGCAGGACUUUUUGGCGGUUGAGGCGAAGGGCUCCAUGGCCAGCUUCAGCAAGACUGAUAGUAAUUUGAGUUCGUCCACCUGGCAGGGGCCCGGCGGAGACCGUCUGCGCUCUUCGCGGCGGGUGCCGAGCCAAAGGGCCAGCCGUUCCGGCGCUGCGUCUCUCACGCGGAGCCUUACCAAGGGCGAGACCACGGAGCACGCAAGGGGCAAGUUUCCUGUCUCCCACUCGCCGAGCCACUCCGGAAUAGGGAAGUGGGUGUCUCUUUCUCACUCCGUCGCCCGGCACGAUCGCCGGCGCAUCCCGUCGCGCCCGACGGUCGCGGGUGUCGGUUCAUCUGCGUCGAUGUCUGCCGGGGUGGAGGACGGGGCGCGGCGCGGGAGCAGCAGCUCCGAGGGCAUUGAAUACCCUCACCUCGACGCGCUGCUGAGCUGCGAGCGCGCUGCUCGGCGUAGCAGCUGGACUGCAGGUGACACAGCGUCCCGGUCUGGGCAUCUACUGGUUGACAGCGGCGGGUUCGCCGAGAAGCGCAAAGAGGGCGACCGCGGCGCCUUCAAGCGACGCGGGCUCCCGGGGCGCACAGUCUCCUUAUCGGGACCCCUUGCGCGCGGCGUCCACGCGCCCACCUGCGGCAUGCCGGGAAGAGACUCUGGAACCGGUCGGGCGCGCGAUGGAGGCGCAGAGCGCCGCAGACGCGAGGCAGGCGGGGCACGCGACGCACUCGCCCCGGUCGGUAGGGGACGCACUGUGGGGCGCGGCAGGCUUCAGGCGGAGCCCAGUGGGAGCGGGCCUUCUGCGGGCUGGGGGGAUGGAGGCGAGGAAGCCCGCGAGCAGGACUGCGAAGAAGACCUCGAGACAGAAAAACUCAGACCGAGCUUGUGCGCCUCGUGCUUGUCUUCGUCGGUUGUUGAUCACCACGUGGACGCCUCCUAUUGUGUCUCUGAGGAUAUCGACGACGACUUCAGCUGCCUCGCGGAAGAUGCAGACGAUUUUGCUCUCUUCGAUGACGAGGUUUCUGCUUCUGAGGACUGCACGGAGCCGUCGGAGACUGUCCCCUCCGUGUCUGCCCUUCUGUUCGAAGGCGCCGACCCCGUACUCGACAUGCCGCUGCGGCGGAUCAAGGACGAGAGCGCCCGCGAUGCUGAGGAGGGCGAGCAGGUUGAACCAGCGGGGCGGGACGCAUCUCCGUGGGACGAGGGCGGCGACCCAGAGACCUGUGAAUCUUUCGCAGAGGCUACGGGCGACGACCAGACAUAUUUGAAUGAGGGGGGCGAGCUUCCGCGUUCCUCUUCUGCUGUGCGACGCGGCCUGUUCCUCAGACAGAACCCGACUUCGGCAACGUCUUCCGUUGCCUUUCCUUUCCGUGGGGCGCGUCCGCAGCCUCCCCACUCCGACAACGCGACGUUCCCCGCGCCGCUCUCGGCGCCGAGCGUCGCUCUGUCGCGGAGGUGCCUUCCCGGCGCCGCGUCGUUCUCACGCCCGCCUACUCGCCAGGGGCGUCCCCAGACCGAGGGACAAGUUACUGAGGACGUGGUCGCCGCGGAGUCUGUUGCGCGGGCAUUUUUCGCGCCUGACGCCCGAAGCCUCUCGACUAUGCUGGCAGGCUUCCUGCAGCAGGAGACUUCCCGAGCUCUCCAGCGAGAGCGGACCCACAAGAGAGACACAGACCCUGCGCUCAGCAGUUCGCCGGCUCGUGCGCUGCGGCUUCCGCGGAUGGCUGGCCCAGGGGACGUCGCUUUCCGUGGCCGGGAGACUCUGCUCUCUCCAGCCGCGUCGAGCUUGAGCAGCGCCUCUGGUGCAGGCUCCGCUGCGUCCGGCGGCUCCAAGUUUUUCACCGCGUCCCUGCCACGGCUGGAGCGAGGGCUCGCCUCGCGAAAGAUCGAACGGCCUGUGCGGUUGAGCGACAGCGUCGCGACGGAGGCAGCGCACCAGAGUUUCGAUGCGACAGGAGACGAGGCGAUGCGGUUGAGUGGAGGCCGAGAGACAGACGGCCGCGGGGCGCCUGGGGGCGACGGCGAGGACACGCUCGCGUCCAAGGGAGUCAAGCGCGAAAUCAGGACGGCAGAUCUCUCGAGCGCCGCCGCGGCCACGCCUCUGCGGUCGCUUUCCGGGAGGCGCGUAGUCCGCAGCCCUGAGAGCGCGGGCCGCAUGCAGCAGGGCGGCGACAAGCCGGAGGAGGCGGAUGCCGUUUUUACUGCAGAGGCCGGCGUGUCAGCAGGGUCGCCGUGGCGCCAGUGUAGUCGGCUGCUGUCCCGGCAGUCGCUUCACAAGGCUGCGCCGCCGCCGACCAUCGCGUCGGCGCCCUCUCUGCUUCAUCAUCUUCCGCCGCGCGCAGGAUGGCUCCCUGCCUCCCCCCGCCUUUUCACUGCUCCGCUGACCUCUGCGCCGCCCGGGUUUGCGUCGUGCCCCCUCAGUCUGCCCGCGGGCUCAGUCGUGGACGUCAGCUGCCCUGCGAAGGAGGAGAGGGGUAAGUGCGCAGAGAGUGACGCAGGGCAGGCGUUCGAGACCCUCCGGGACGAGCUGCAGAGGAUUUCGUACUCUUCAUCUUCCUCCUCGCCUCGAUCUGGACUCCUCUCUAGAGUGGAGUCGUCGGAUCCAGCGCAGGUGGGAUCGGUGGUGUCGCCCUCCGGCCAGCGCGGCCGCGAUGCCCCUGGCGAGCAUGCAGUGCCUGUUCCGCAGCGCUCGCUGCCGCAGAAGGAUCUACGCCGGGCGUCGUACUCCUCCUUUGCCGCGUCCUUCUGCUCGUCCUCCUCGCCUCCGCGGCGGGCGCCCGCUUCAGCUCCUCUCUGCUCAGCGGACGUGCCUGUCGUGCCGCAUGGGUCGCGGCCGCCGCUCUUGGGCAUCACGCAGCCUGCGGACUGCGCACCUCUUCUUUUCGCGUCCCCUUCUUCUCCUGCCUUCUGCCUGCGCCUGCAUGCCCAGAGCCUCGCCAUCCCCCUCCACCCUCCUUCAGAGAAGUCGCCGACGGAUGCGUGCUCUCCGUACGCCUCCUGCUCCGUGAGCUCGUGCUCGUUCGCAUCCGCUUCUUCCUCAGCCUGUUCGCCUUCCUCUUACGACGCUUCCUCGGAGCAGUUCUCGUCUGCGUCCGUUGAGGCGUCUUCGUGCGGCUCCUCUUCCCUCCUCAUGCCUUCUUCGUCGUCGCCUUGUUCCGCGCAAGGCCAUCGCGAUGACGUCUGUCGCAUGGCUGCCGCAUGCCCUGCGUCGGCCUUCGCGGGCGCGCCGCCUUCGCCGUCCGCUUCCCUGGUGUCCUCUGUCUAUCCGUCGGCGUUCUGCUCUGCGUCGCCCUCACCUUCUGCCGUCUCGCCGUCGUCCGCGUCCGGCUGCAACUCCUCCCACGCUCCGGCCGCGUCUUACCCUCCCUCGGCGGGCUCUCUUUCAGCGCGCGGAGCGGGGCCGUCGGCGCCUUCCGUCGUCUCCUCUGAAGCGUCGCCUUCGUGCCUGUCGUCCGCCUCCAGUUUGGGCGCGGGCUUCCACGAGACCGUCCUGCAGAGCACCGCGCCGCCUUCGUCGGCGCCUCCGCCUUCACGCGCAUUUUCGCCCGCGCGGUGGCGAGCCGCUCCCGGCGGGCGGAGCUCGUCUGUGGAGCUGCAAAUUUCUGUUGCGCCGACAUUUGAGGUUCCCGAGCAGACUUCUAACGGGUUUUGCUUCUUGAAGUAUCACCACGAGGAGAGAGGCGACAAGGGGGGGACCAAUCGCGAUGCUUCAGAGUCCCUUAUAGAAGAACGCAACGAAACGCAGACAUGCGAGGGUGCUGUGUGCGAAACAAGCGAGGCGGCGUGCGCGGCGGAUCUGGGCGCAGAUGAGUGGCGCUGCAGCCGCCUCGGCGGAGAACAUGAAGCUGUGGCGGGGAGCGCGUUCGGUGACGCGGGACAUGACGUUGGGGGAAAGAAGAGACACGACGCGGAGGAACAAACAGCAACUGAAGAGGCCCUACGGCACACAUCGUCUGUCUCCACUUUCUGUACUACCGCCACGUCGUCGUCCUCGGCGCGUGUCUCCACGGCGCGUCCUGCGUUUUCGUCGUCGCCCUGUGUCUUGCCGGCGACCCACGCGCCUCCGCCGGUCCUCCUCACGGCCUCUCCGCUUCUCGGGGGUUCGUGCCGCUUCCGUGCGCCGCAGUCGCCCCUGCGCCCCGACGCGGGCGGGACGAGGCUGUCGGCCUCUCUGUCUGCGCUGAGCGCCGUUUGCCGCGAGGAAGAGGAGCGCGAAAGGCGACAGAACUCCGACAUCCUUCCUGCGUCGCACAACGCGUCUCCGUCGGACCGCCGGUUCUCGCUGCCGCGCACAGCCGACGUGUUCUUCCGGCCGCGCCAGUCUCCGCAGGCGACUGCGGAGGCUGCGCGGGAUCUUUCAGAUGCAGGCGCGGGCGCCUACUCGACUGUGGGCGGAGAAGAUGCAGGCGCGGGCGCCUACUCGACUGUGGGCGGAGAUGCCGCCUCUCACCUUGCUGAGGACGUUUCUCUCUCCGCAGACAUGGGCACCACGGCGGAGGGCGCCGCCGGCGCCUUGACGGAGGCGAGGGACGAACGAGAAGCGGAGGAUCACGUCGCGUCUUCUUCGCCGGUGUCUCCCCGCGCCCUCGGCGGCCUGCCGUCCCCGUCUAUCCCCGUGUCCGCGCCCGAGGCCGUCCCGUCGUGCUCGCUGGCGAAAGACGCGCUGGAAACGGCGCGUGCGGAUGAAGAGCGCCUGUCUUCGGGCGCGGCUGCAGCGACCGACGUAGGGGCGGGCGGAGAGACUGCGGAGGCCGCGGAGGGAGACUUCGAGAAGAAGGAGAGAGACGCCGACUCGAGGGCGGAGGCCUCGGCUCAAGGCGACGCGCUUUUGGGCAGGGCGGUGCCCAUGGACCGCGUUCCGUGGUCGCAGAGCCUGUUUUCGCAUAUACCGCUUUGCCACUUCAUGGUGCGGGCAAAGAGGGAACAGGCGGAAGGGGCGAAAGACGGCGACUGUGGAGACGGUGAGCAGUCUGGGCGCAUUGCGUUCUUCUCCUCGCCGUCUGUGCGCGCCUCCGCAGGCCUCAUUUCCUCCUGGUCGCCCCACGUCCUCGUCCCUGCGUGGCCCAAGUUGCCGACGCGCCUGCCAGAUGAAGGUAUGCGCAGCAGCGGGACGCCGCAACAGGGCGGCGGAGGCGAGGAGACCCGCGGGUGGACGACUCCGCAUUUGAAGCAGUAUUCCCCGUCGUUGGCGCAACCUUGGAAUCCGCAGCCCACCCACGAUAAGCUGCCGCGCCCUGCUGGUACUCCGCCCUGCGCUCCUCUCUCUCCGCCCUGUCUUUUGUCGCCGUCCUGCGCUGCCGCCACAGGCCUCGCCUUCACAGAGAGCACUGCCUUGCCCGCCGCAGAGCCCCAGUCGCCCUAUGCGCCGCCGGCGCCUGCUGAGGCUACGGACGGCGGCGACUCGGUCGUGCCUCUCGGGCACGCAGACGAAGCACUGCGGCUGGAGGCGGAGUCAGUUGAGCAGGACGGGCGCGCAGGCUGGGAGCAAAGCGAGCGCGAGAGGCAGAGCGACGAGGAAGGUUCUAGCUGCGAGGGGGCGCGUCCCGCUGAGCCUCUUUCAGAGGAACCCAGUGGAGAGGAGGCGGAGCAGCGAGCGCUGGACGGAGUUCUGCAGUACCCGCGCCCCGAGGUCCCGCAGCUGCCGCUGGAAGAUCGGCGACUCGAGUUCUUGACGUUUGUUGGCGACAGCGAAGAGCACGGAGGAGCCGAAGCUGCAGCCGACGAUGAUGAAGACGAACUCGAGAGGAGGCCGGCUGCUAGAGCCGGGGGAGCGGAGCGUGGAGACUUGUUUGCGCCGCUAGUUCUCAAAGAUGAACCGACAAAGAGCGAGGCGUGUCCGCCAUCUCUGAAGCCGAUAUCCGAAGAAGACGAGGAGCUCGAGGGGGGUGAGAGCCAGGCGGCUUCUCCGCCGCGGCUCCCCGCUCUGCUGUCUGAAGACGGGAGGGAAGAAGAGACUCUGCCCUUUCCUUUUUCACGGGAUAAGGACGGGCGGUGCGCGUCGGCCUUGGAUAGCUCGCCGGUGACGAGGCAGACGACGUGCAGCGGGCUGGACUUCCUUUUCCUCCACGACUUGGAGCCGAAGAAGGACGCCGAGAGCGGGAUGUCGGCGGCGUCGGCGGCCUUCGCUCGGCACGCGAGCUACUUCGCGGACGACCGCAAGAACGUGUGCUCCCUCGGGCAGGUUCACGAGUUUCAAGACGUUGUGAUGGAGCGCGACGACGAGGACAACGAGAUGGACCGGUUCCACUUGCACGCGUCGUUUUUCGCAAGCGAACCGAAUCCGCCAUCUGCCUGGCUUUCUGGCGACGCGAACGAUCCCGACAAGAUCUUCGCCGCGCUCGACUCGCCGUCCUCGUGCUCGUCGUCGUCCUCUUCUUCGUGCUCCACCGUAGGGCCGUUGACGCGGCGGCAGUUGGGCGGACUUCCUCAGCGCCGAUGCGGGGCGGGGGAGGACGACUGGCGCGGGAGAGGCCACGGCCGCUCGCUCGCCAACACUUCCUUCUCGUCCUCCGUCGCGCUCUCCCGCCGGCGCCGCGUGAUCCGCUACGUCAAGCGCGACGACGACGAUGUGUCGAGCAUUCUGACCCGAGACAUGGAGCCUUCGCCGACCUCCCGUGACCCCACGCGUCUGCCCUCCGCCUUCCAGACUUCGCCGUCGAGUCCUCGACGGCGCGACGACGAGGGCGCACACGGCGGCAUCCUGAUUCGGGAGGUCUGCUCCGAGCGCCUGACUCCCCGCGGUACCCUCGCGCGCGAGGUCUCGACCUCGGCGCCUCUCCUGUCAGCCUCGCGCGCGACGAGUGCGGCGCUGACCGCAGCCGCGCACGCCGCCGCAGCCGCGGCGGCCUACGCGGAGGCGGCGCGUGCGCUGGCGUCGUCAGAGAAGAUCGAGCCGGAGUCGACCGCGUCGCUGGCCUCGCUGGGACGCCUGCCGGCCGCGCGGAAGAGCGACGCCCUGGCGUUUCUCGAGGGGCGCCUGCCGCUUCCUGGGAAGUGUGAGAAGGCGCUGAGUUGCCUGGACGCCCGUCGCCGCGUGAGUCGGCACUGCAGCGUCGUCUGCAGCCGCACGGACUCCCCAGUCGGCGACCGCGCGCGGCGGCUCGAGCGCACGGAGCGCUACAUGCGCAGCGAAGGGGGCGGAGAGGCGAGAGUCGUCGAGGAGCAGAGGGGUCAGGAGGGCGCAGUCUGGGUCAUGCAGAGCGCCAAGGGUAGUGACUUCGAGACGCACCGCGAGCGACUCGUCCUCGAACAAAAGACGAUGGGCUUCGGCGCCACGGUGUGCGCCGAAAAGAAAUGCGAACACAACAGUCGCGAAACUAUCACCACUGUGUCGUACUCCUCCUCUCUGUCCUGUCUCCUCUCUUCCUUCUUGCCCACGCAAUUCAGUCUUUCCGUCUCGCUCGGCGGCAUUCAGAAGGAAGGCUAA